AUGUUCAAGCUCACUUGUCAGAGGACCUUCAUUCAUGCCGAAGACGAAGAAGACAGGUCGGCGACGUGUCAGAGACGCUCGCAGAGCGAGCCCCCAGUUGAGCGGACUGCAGAGCAGACGUAUGCAAGUGCCUUGAAAAGCCGUGCAGACCAACUCCAUUACUGGCUUCGCAAGAAGCGCCAGGGAGGAGGUUUUAAGCAGACGGAUGACAAUGAGAAGGAGGCAGGCGCCGAGGCUUCUACGGAAGCAGAGACCCAAGAGAGCACCAACAGCCUGCGCGUCUCCAGCAAGAGCUCCGUCAUUUCUGAAUCGGAGUUUGAGAUGUCUCAAGGAAGCCUUGGACAUCCAGAGGUUUGCCACAGGCCCUGCGUCAACUUUGCGAGGGGAUGGUGUGCGGCUGGCUCCUCCUGUGAUUACUGCCACCUCUCGCACGUGGAGACCCCUCUUGUGACCGCGAACAAGGAAGUCCGAGCCAUCUUGCAAGUUGCCAACGAGUCUGAUCUUCUGGUGCCUGCGUUGAAGCACGCCCGAGCCCGUGCGGCUGACAAGGGCUUCGUGGACGCUGCUGAGGAGGUGCUGCAGCUGCUGAAGAUUCGCGUGAGCCAGCUGGACAGCACAUCGGGCCUCAACCAGAAGCAGCAGGGAAAACUUGAUCGAUUUAUGGCCAAGAUGCCGUUCUCUGGCCUGAUGGGCCUUGCACUACGCAAGUCUCAAGACAGUAGCCAUGCUGAGCAGGUCAAGGCGGCAGUGGAUAGCUUGCGAAGCAACCUGUCCUAG